UGCCGGAGAGAGAGAGAGAGAGAGAGAGAGAGUGUGUGUUUGUGUGUGUGUGUGUCUGUGUGUGUGUGAAAGAGGGAGAGAAAACGGGGCGAAACAUGGAUCCGAGUUCAGGCGUGAGUUGGAAACUAGUCCUGAUAGCGGAGUGAAGAAUCGGCAGCAGCUCCUCCUGAGUGGCCUCUCACCGGAGAUUUAUUAUGCCCAGCGCAAACGUGUCCGUGAGAAGUUUGUCUGAAGUAGAGAAAUACCUCAGCAGCCGGAUGGACCGGAGCACUGAGGGCAGUUUUCUGAACAUCCCUGUGUCGAUGCGUCGGGGCUCUUCAGAAAACAACCUGGAUUUGGACCUGAGCGAUGGAGGUCCCGGUUCUGCUCUCAGCUGUGAGGUCCAGCGCAGUCGUUCUUGCUUGGACAACCUCCAGCAGAAGAUUCUGAAAGUCACGGAGCAGCUGAAGAUUGAGCAAACGGCACGAGACGAGAACGUAGCUGAGUACCUGAAGCUGGUGAACAGUGCGGACAAGCAGCAAGUGGGGCGCAUCAAGCAGGUGUUUGAGAAGAAGAACCAGAAGUCGGCUCAAAACAUCGCCCAGAUGCAGAAGAAGCUGGAGCAGUACCAUCGAAAGAUGAAAGACAGUGAAAUCCAUCACAGCCCGUCUCCUCACCCGUCCACUGUCAAACACAGCACUAUUCCCAGGGAGUCGCCCAGAGAGCUGCUGAGGGACAUGACUGGCAGCGGCCGACACCCGACCAUGGACAAAAUCAAAACUAUCGGACCAGGUGUCUCUCUCUCACCUCCAUUCUUCUUCAGCAAACCCAGAGAGUUCGCCAACCUCAUCAGGAACAAGUUUGGCAGCGCUGAUAACAUCGCCCACCUCAAGACCACUCUGGACACUUCCCCACCAUUGCCCACCGACAGCACAGGGAAGGGGCUGAGUAGCAGCACCUCCAUGGUGGGCAAGCCCAAGUACCCCAGUGAUGAUGAGUGCUCCUCAGGUAGCGCCUCUAUUUCUGCAGACAGUAACGGGAACCCAGCAGGAGGAGCGUCUGCAGGGCAGGUCCAAGGUCCAAGCCCCGGCCAGGAGCAGCCGGCGGGGGGAGACAGCCAGAGUAGACUGGCCCUGAGCCUGGAGGAGGUGAGGGAGAUCAAAGAUGCCCAGAGUCAGCUGGAGGACGAUAUAGAAGAGUUAAAAACACAGUUCAAGAGAGAAUACGACAUUAUCAGUCAGACACUGCAGGAGGAGAGAUACAGGUAUGCGCGUUUGGAGGACCAGCUGAACGACCUGACAGAACUUCACCAGCACGAGAUGGCAAAUCUGAAGCAGGAGCUGGCCAGCAUCGAGGAGAGGGUGGCCUACCAGGCUCACGAAAGGGCCAGGGACAUACAGGAAGCCCUCGAGUCGUGUCAGACUCGCGUGUCCAAGCUGGAGCUCCAGCAGCAGCAACAACAGCAGACGGUCCAGCUCGAGAGCCGUGACGCCCGAGUCCUGCUGGGGAAGAGCAUCAACAUCAUGCUGGCCAUCAUCACCGUCAUCCUGGUGUGCGUGUCCACUGCCGCCAAGUUUGCCGCCCCGCUGAUGAGGAGCCGGUAUCACGUGGUAGCCACCUUCCUGGGGGUUUGUUUUUUGACCAUAUUCUGGAAGAACUGGGACCGUUUACAGUACGCCAUAGACAGGCUGCUGGUGCCUGCCUAAUAACGAAGAGAACACACUGAAAAUACCAUUAACAUGGAUGCUGUCAGUUGUCACGAUAGGACUGUCUAAGAGGAUUGGUUGUACAAUCGUCAGAAGACACGAUCGCCAUGCAUUUACAGAGGUCACUGUUUUUUAAAUUCAGACUGAAAUGAAAUUUUGGUGAUUUUUUUUUUCUCUUGUCUACAACUUGAAUGUGUGUAACUAAUAAUUUCAUAUAACCUUUAAAAUAAUAUUUAUGUAACAGUAAAUUUUGCUACUACCCCGGGGAUUGCUAUGAAAUCGUCAGAAAAGGUUGAUUCAAGGAUUAAGAAGGGGUGAAGAAAAGUUCAUUUGCAGCCACCUGGGGCUCACUGUUUUGGGAAAACAAUUCAUAGAUGAGAUAAAAACUAGAAAAAAAAUAAUCAUUCUUUCUCAUUUCCCAGAAUAUAGAACCUCUAAAUGCACACACACAGAAACAAGACCUUAAUCUUAGUUUUUUCUUUAUGUGAAAUACUAAUGUCGCCCUUAAAGGAAUACUUGGAUAUUUGGGGAAAUUAUUUGCUGUUUUGUUGAUAUAGAGGUAAUCUCAUAUCUUUGUGGUAAAUAUGACGCUGCUACCAGGUUAGCUUAGCAUAAAACUGCAAUGUAUUCUUUUGAUGCUUGUAAGCAGAUUUGGUUACAUUUGAAAGGAGCCAGGCUAACAGUUUCGCUCCAUUUCCGCUCUUUAUUUUAUGCUAAGCUAACAAGCUGCUGGUGUUAUUAAAAACGAGUAAACAUAUUUUUCCCAUUUAUGGAAAUAUUCCUUUUUAAAGGAGAUUUUACAAACUAAAGCAGAGGUACUGGGCAUCCUGUUCAUAUGUGUUUACUUUCUUUAUUCCUUAUUGCCUCGUCUGCCCUGUGCGGUCAGUCAUCUCUUAAGUUGCUCUGUUAACUGUUCUUGACGUUUAAAGUGCAAUAUAUUUGAUUUCAAGGAGCGCUGUUUUUAAAAAAAAAAAGUGAUUCUUUUAGGAGCGAGUGUUUUACAUCAAUAUUUGAGAGGAGUGACAGUGUGUCGGUGCUUGGAGGGCCGAGCUGAGGAAGUAUCGUUAAUGUUGGCAUGAGAGAUCCAUAACCACCGAAGCCACUGCUGCGCUCUGAUAAGACCAGCUGUCUCCUCUCUCAAGGGCCAAAAAUCAAUCCAACUGCAUUAGUAGUGUGGUAAUAUCAACGCCAGCCAGCUCGCCAGUAACGGCACUGACACACUCAACAAAAAAAAUAAAAACAGAGUCUGUCACUUGGUUCUCUGUAUAUAAAUAUCUUCUGGGUUUUGCCCAGUUUUAUGUUGAUCUUUUACUAAUAAUGUGAUUGAGAGGCGAUGGGUUAUACUGUGAUACAAGGCCUUUUUAUGAGGAAAAAUGCAAUUCUCUCUUUUUUUUCUUUCUUUUUUUUAAAGGAGCAACAAACAGCCUUCAGCACUCCAUCAUGACAAAGGUGCACAUUUACAUUUUUUCUUGUUUUGGACUGACCACUUUCUUGUUAGUCUUACGAACAUUGAUUACGAGGAUUUCACAUGAAGCAACGGACCACUUUCAAUGUUUGUCUACCAUAAUAACAUGUUUGUGACUAUGUUUUUCUGUUUUACUUACUGUUUCAUAUUUUUUUGUUGUUCUUAUUUGAGGAAGUUUUACAUGCAGAACUACGAUCUGGUUUACAUUCUCUUUUCAUCUCCGGUGCACUAUGUGAUCAAUCAGUUGUGUUUUCAUGCAUUACGUGCCUUUGUCUGACAAUUUCUGUUAAAUUAAACAAACCUUUUUAAUCAA